ACAAGUUUCGAUCCGCAAUGCAUCUUAUAUAACCCUAGACUUGGGUCUACCUCGCUUCCCAUCACCGUUCCAUCCACAUUGCACAGUGAGGAUUCAACGCACUAUUCAGUGGGAGCAUUCCCUAAAUUUAAAUUCACUCAUUGAGCUUGUGGAUCAUCUCUCUCUCUCUCUCUUGGCUCAGUUCUAGGGGCUCUCUGAGUUCAGUUUAUAGGGAGGGACAAAUGGGCACUCUGAAUUCUUCUUCUCUCCUCUUCUCUCACUUGAUCACCUCCGUGUGGUCCUCAAAUUGGAGGCAAAUAGUGACCCCAAGAUCGCUUUCUCUCACUAAAGUCACUGCCCAGUUUCUCACUCAUUCAUACCGCCCUGCACCAUGCUCUUGGAGCUUCACCAAAAGACUGGUUGGUUCUACCUCAAUUACACAGGCCAAUACUACAAUCAGCACUUCUCCAUCCAACGUCUAUCCUGGCUACACUAGCCUACUUCCGUGCCCAUCAAAAAAUGGACCACCAAGGAUUGAACACCUAAUAGUCUCAGAGGGAGGGCCUGUUCUUGACUAUAUAUGCAAAGCUUUGGACCUCCCCACUUUGUUUGUUGCAGAUCUCAUCCAUUUUGGAGCAGUUUAUUAUGCAUUGGUAUCCCCUGAGCCUCCUCCAAGUGCCACCCCUGAGCAGGUGAAAUUGUUCAAAGAAGCGACUGCACGAUCGGUUUUGAGGAAGCGUGCAUCUCUCAAAGGGAAAACUGUAAGGGAAGCACAAAAGACUUUUAGGAUAACGCAUGCUAAUGAAUUUGUGGAAGAGGGGACUUAUCUACGAGUAUAUGUUCACCCAAAGCGGUUUCCGAGAUGCUAUGAAAUUGAUUGGAGAUCAAGAGUCAUUGCAGAGACUGAGUCAUAUGUUGUUCUUGACAAACCUGCUGCAACAACGGUGGGAGGAACACCAUGUAAUAUCGAGGAAUGCUGUGCUACAUUUGUCUCUCGUGCUUUAGGAUUGGAUUUUCCUUUGAGGACUACUCAUCAGAUUGAUAACUGCACCGAAGGCUGUGUUGUAUUUUCUAAAACGAAGGAAUUCUGCUCGAUAUUUCAUGGAAAGAUCCGGGAAAAACAGGUGAAAAAGUUGUAUCUAGCUCUUGCCACUGCACCAGUGCCAGUUGGGGUAAUUUCCCACUACAUGCGUCCAGUAAAUAGGGCCCCAAGAAUCAUCUCCAAAGAUCAUAUUGGAGGAUGGCAUCUUUGCCAACUAGAGGUUCUUGAGUGCAAAGAGGUGCCAUGGCCAAGGGCUGCAGUUGAAGCCCAAAAUGGUGUGGAAGAUUGUGGAUGGCCCUCAAAAGACUUCGCAUAUGAAUGCAAAAUUAAUCUUUUGACAGGUCGAACACACCAGAUUAGAGCACAAUUGGCUGCAUGUGGUGCACCCAUUGUGGGAGACACAAUGUACUUGCCUGCUUCAAUAAAGGAGAUUGCAUUUCCAAAUAUCAACCCCUUCUGUGAGGCAAAUUCAGAAUCUAUGUGCGAUGAAAGCAAAGGGGAAGCUGUGGAGGAAUGGAUUGCUCAGCAUGGGAAAGAACCCAAUGCGGCAAUUGGUCUUCAAGCAUGUGAGAUCUCUUGGGAUGGUGGGGCAUGCUUUUAUACUGCCAGAGCUCCAUGGUGGCGAUCAUUGUGAUAAAUAGGGCAAAUUAAUGUACCAGCUUAUCAUUUGAGCCUGUAAAGAAUCAGAACUUAUGAAACUCGAGCUGAUAUUAAGUGUGGAUCUUUUAUGGUACAACAAGAAGA